CCUCUCGCUUCUACGUUGCCAUAUUUUAUUUAGAUACGUUUACGCUUACAGCAUCUCUAUGACGAUCGAUUGUGACCGUUGGUGACGUAUUCCCAUUUCGGAUAUAAAAAGCGAGAGCGUUUUUUGAAUCGGUAUUAGUCUGCAUGAAAGAUUUGUUGUGCGAUGGUCAAAAUGAGUCCUUUUGCGGUAUCUGUUACGAUUUUGGUGUUAUUAUCAGCGAUCAACGCGGAUGUUAGCCAUUUAAAUGGUCAGAAUGGCUAUCGUUAUUCCAAUGUAGGAUUGACAAGUGGAUUAAAAUUGCAUUCGCCAGAAAGUGAUCCGGCGCCUACUCAAUAUCAUGCCACCUAUGGUAAUGGCGCCAGCAGCUACGAACCACCAGCAUCAGGAAGCCCAUUCAGUAGCGCAGCUCCAUUGCCACAAGUACCUAUUCCAUCGCCACGUCUUUCAGUUCCAUUGCAAAGCCCAUUGUUAACUGCACAAAAGUUCGGCCAAACACAAUUCAAAUCCCAAGCAAGCCUCCAACGAUUCCAACAACCGCGCACUUAUCAAACACCAACAUAUCAAGCUCCACCUUAUAUAGCACCAGCUUAUCAACCACAAACAUACCAAGCACAAACAUAUCAAGCACCAACGCUCCAGUCAACGUUCCAAACACAAGGUUUUGCUACGAAUACUUUCAACAACGGUCAUGCUACCCAAAGACAAAUCACACAAACACAAACGCAACCUCAAUACCAAAAUAACCAGGAACCAAUUAUCACCAAACACUUUUUCGUUCAUGCCGCCCCAGAAGAUCCUGAGGAAGAUGCCGGUCCAAGACUCGUUCAAAUCGGCCGCCCUCGCAAAAACUAUAAAAUAAUCUUCAUUAAGACGCCAAGCUACAGUCAGAAACAACAAAUCAUUCCAGUAUUGCCACAAACCGAAGAAAAGACAAUUGUUUAUGUGCUCAGCAAGAAGCCGACAUUCAAUCAAAAUAUUGAAAUUCCAGAACCGCCACCAACACAACCAUCGAAACCAGAUGUAUUCUUUAUCAAAUACAAGACAAAAGAAGAAGCAGAGCAAGCGCAACAGCAAAUCCAAGCUGCCUACGAUUCAGCCAAUUUAUCGGGCAGCAACGAGAGCAUCGGCCAAAUCGCCGCACGGUUUGCAUCAGGCAGCGAUCUCAGCUCAACAGCGUUUGGAGGUCAAGCUACACAACAAAGUAACUAUCAACAACAAGCAGGUCAACACACGUCUACGAAACGGAACGUCGCAUAAACAAAACUCAAUCACAGCCACAUAUGUAUACACACACACACGACAUUCACAUGCCGCCAGCACACCGUAGUUGAUUCUCUGUGCUUGGAUCGCCGCCAAUUUCCCAUUAAACGCUUCUUAGAUUUGUACGACUUUUUUUUUAAGAAAACACCAUAUUCGCGUUCUCUUUUUCUGUAGUUCAUGCUUCUUUUGAUCCAUAAGAAUAUGCUAGUAAUUAUCAAAAAAACAAAUUUGGAAAGAAUAAAACGCUGAAAAUGCAAAUCAAUAGAGCACACACAAAAAAACAACCACCAACACCAGACACAAACUGUUUUAAUGGAACAAUCAAACAAAAGCCGGUGAAAAAAAAACAACUGCCAUUAUUAAAAUAAAAGAGAAAAAUUAAAGACUCAUUCGAAAAUGUUUGAAUUAUUACUGUGAUUUGGGUUUUUUUCUUCUCACUAAUAAAAACGCUACUUUUGGUUAGUUCCGCAUAAUGCUUUGAUCGAAGAAUUGAUUUUAUCGGCGAUUCGUUGCAUUCUUCAUUGCGAUGGGGCGGAACUGUGGGCGAUCAGGAGGGGAAAAAAAACUUGUCUAACUCGAUC